ACUUAUAGUGUUAGUAAACGGCCCCUGGCUGUCACAUUGGAGCAAUUUCACGAAGCAAGACAGUUAAAUGUUAAUUAUUUUAUAAUUUGAUAAUACUAUGCAUAUAGAUUUCGGAGAGUAACUUAUUAACUACUGAGUAAAAGCAAUCAUAAUUUUUAUUGAGUAAUCUUAGGAAUAAUUAUUUUGCAAUAACAUACAUAACCUCUUUUAUUGUUUAUUUCUUUACUUUUAAAUUAUAAAAGAUGUAUUAAAAUAAAAAAAUUAUUUUUUGUUACCAUAUAAUAUAAUAUUGAAAAUUAACAAAAAAAAAAAAAACUUAAUUGUUUGCAAUGGAUAUUGUACCAGGAACUGCGUCACUUCUGGAUGAACUCGAUAAAAAGCUUAUGGUGUUAUUACGAGAUGGUAGAACACUAAUUGGUUAUUUGCGAAGUGUUGAUCAGUUUGCCAAUCUCGUCUUACAUCGAACAAUUGAAAGAAUUCAUGUUGGUAAAGAGUAUGGAGACAUUCCACGUGGAGUAUUUAUUGUACGUGGUGAAAAUGUUGUUCUAUUAGGUGAAAUCGAUAGGGAUAAAGAAAAAGAUUUGCCAUUGUCUGAAGUGUCUGUUGAUGAUAUUUUGGAUGCGCAAAGAAGAGAACAGGAAUUGAAACAAGAUCAAGAACGUUUGAUGAAUAAAGCCUUAAAAGAAAGAGGUUUAUCAUAUAUACCGGACUUGGGACAUGAUGAUAUGUUUUAAUAUAUUAAUGUAGUUAUGGUAUUGUUUAAUAUAUUUUUUAUUGAAAUCGAAUGGAUAAUAUACUAAGAUGAACGAUUUUUCAAUUAUUUUAGCGAUUUACUAUUAACUGUACUAUAGAAAUAAAAGCUAAUAUUUUUUCAAACAAAAAA